AGCAGUAAAAAAAAAAAAUCUUGAAAGUGUGUCUUCAAGUGGCCUAGUGAAAAUAUAAAGAUUUUUUGGUAAUAUAUAAUUUUUUAAUCAUCAGAUGUGUUCACCAACGGUUGCUUAAACUUAACUACGCAAAAGUUUUUUAAGUACUGAUUUUUUUAGUCCUAAUGUAUACAUAUAUCCGUCUUAAUUUUUACAACUAGUUUUGAAAUUAUUAUUUUAUUAUGAUACUCGUAUUGUAGGUUAGCUUUUUAGAUAUAUCAAGAAUGGCGGAAAAAGCAAUAAUGAAGCAAAUUAACGAGCAAAAGCUAAAGGCUUUCUCCAUUGGCACCAUGGGAAAACGACCGCAGAGUAAAAAAGAAUUAGAGGAGCAGAAAAAAAAAGAACAAGAGCAAGCAGCAGCUCAAGCUUUCGAAGAGUUCGUAGCAACAUUUCAAGAAACUCCAAAUAAAACAACUAGUAAAGUAUGGAUAAAAGCCGGUACUUAUGAUGCUGGAAAAAGGCAAGAAGAUACUAAAGACAAAGGAAAAUUGUACAAACCACAAUCGAAAAUAUCUGAAUUAGUUGAUAGUCGCUCGUCAGCUGAGCAAGCGCAGGAGUAUGCUAAAUUACUUGGUUCCAACGACCGUAAAUUAGAUAGGCUUGGGAAAAAAAAGAAAGAAGGUGAAAAGAAGAAAAGUAAUCUAGAAACAUUUAAGGAAGAAUUAAAAAUGAUUCAAGAAGAAAGAGAAGAGAGACAUAAGUAUAAAGGCGUUGUUAAAAAUGUUGUUAUGUCUCAGUCUGCCGAUGAUCCAAUGCUGGCUGCUUUAAAGUCAGUUGAGGACUCUAGUCCUAAUUUUCAUGAUUCACGAAAAUCUCUACGCAAUUAUGUCGAUGAUCCUCACCUUUUAUCCAUGAUUUACGAGGAUGGUUCUUUUGACAACGGUGAUCCUAAUACGACUAAUUUAUAUUUGGGUAAUUUAAACCCUAAAAUCACAGAACAACAAUUGAUGGAAAUAUUUGGUAAAUUUGGUCCAUUAGCUAGUAUAAAAAUUAUGUGGCCAAGAAGUGAUGAGGAAAAGGCUAGACAACGAAAUUGUGGAUUUGUUGCAUUUAUGAGUCGUAAGGAUGGUGAAAGAGCGUUGAAAAACUUGAAUGGUCGUGAUAUAAUGCAGUACGAAAUGAAGUUAGGUUGGGGAAAAAGUGUACCAAUACCACCAUAUCCAAUUUACAUUCCACCAGCAUUGAUGGAGAUAACGCAGCCACCACCACCCUCUGGCUUACCGUUCAACGCACAACCUCACCGUCGUGACAGACACAAGAUACCACGUAUCCGCAACCUCCAGAGCGCGGACCCCCAGGAAAAGGAAAACUUCGAAAAGACUUUGCAGAAUGCCGUUGUCAAAGUGGUUAUUCCAACGGAAAGGAACUUAGUCAUGUUGAUACAUAGGAUGGUGGAAUUUGUUAUUCGCGAAGGUCCUAUGUUCGAGGCUAUGAUUAUGAAUCGUGAAUUGAAUAACCCCAUGUUUAGAUUUUUAUUUGAAAAUUACUCACCAGCACACACGUAUUAUCGAUGGAAAUUAUAUUCAAUACUACAAGGAGACGGGCAAAAAGAAUGGCGUACGGAUGAUUUUCGAAUGUUUAAAGGGGGUAGUGUGUGGAGACCACCGCCUAUGAAUCCUUGGACUCAAGGGAUGCCUGAAGAGUUAGUUGAAAUUGAAGAAAGACAAGAACCAAGAAGAGGCAGUCUAUCUAAUAGUCAACGUGAUAGAUUGGAAGAUUUGCUCAGAAAUAUUUCUCCAGAACGUUUAAAAGUCGCUGAAGUAAUGGUAUUUUGUAUCGAACAUGCUGAAGCAGCUGAAGAAAUAUGUGACUGUAUUUAUGAGUCGUUAUCUAUAUUACAAACACCAGCUAAUAAAAAAAUUGCCAGAUUAUACCUCAUCUCUGACAUUUUGCACAAUUGUGGUGUUAAAAUAACAAACGCUACCAUUUAUAGAAAAGCAUUCGAAGCACGUUUAUUAGACAUAUUUACCGAAGUUCAUCAAGCGUACACACAUUUUGAAAGUAGAUUAAAAGCAGAAGGCUUUAAAAUUCGUGUAAUGCGGGUAUUUAAAGCUUGGGAAGAUUGGGCAGUUUAUCCAAGAGAGUUUUUGCUUAAGCUACAAAAUACUUUCCUCGGCCUUGCAAUUAAUACUGAGCCAGAGCCCAUCAAUGAUGAGGAUAUCGACGGUGCUCCAUUAUCAGAUGUUGACGGAGAUACUGGUGAAGAUUUGGAUGGCAUACCUCUCGACGGUGCAGCACUUUUGAAAGGAGCUAUGAAACUUGGGCUUACUCCUCAACCUAGUAGUAAUUAUGAUGACAUUGACGGUGUUCCAAUGGAUGAUGAUAUUGACGGUAUUCCGAUGGAGGAUAAUCGUACACAGACUAAAAAAACGAAUGAUAAAAAACCUAUAAUGCCCGCGGGUUUUGUACCUUCACGAUGGGAAACUGUCGACCCUGAUCAAGUUGAAGCACAAGCUAUGACAACGAGUAAAUGGGAAGAAUUAGAACAAAAUGAUGACUCUAAUUCACAAGAUGCCAGUAUGGAUUCUAGUCGAGAUUACAACGAAGAAAGACGUACUAGACUACGUGAAAUAGAAGUUAAAAUAAUGCAAUACCAAGAUGAAUUGGAAAGCGGUAGAAGAACACUAAAGUCAGGAAUGACCAUUCAAUCUCAAAUAGAACAUUAUCGUAAAAAACUUAUCAGAAAGAGUGAAAAGGAAUCGAAAGAAAUAAAAAACGAAGAAAGAGACGAUGAUAGGCGAAGAGAAAGACGACGUAGUACGUCAACAGAUUCACCAGUUCAUUAUAGAGACAGACGAAGAACUUCACCUAGUCCUCCUCCAAAAAGUAGCAGUCGCUAUAGAUCACGUAGUAGAUCACCGAGAAGUAAACGAAGAUCACGAUCGCCUUAUAAAAAGCGUGCUCUUUUAACUCCAUCACCCCCGCGAAUACGUACAACCCCAUCUCCAGUAUUUUCAAGCUCACGAUCAUCACGGAGAUCAUCACCUGUAAGUGAAAGAAGUGAACGUAAAAAGCGUGCACGCUCUCCUUCAAUAUCACCACCACCUCCGCCAAGAAGUUCUAUUAAGCAUAGACUUAGCAGUCCUCCUUCGCCAUCGCCCAGAAAACACAGACAUAAGCAUAAAUAUUAAAUUUUAUCUUAAUCCAACGUUUUUUUCGUUAUUGUUUUCUACAUCUAUCUUAUUAAUUAUACGACACUUUUAAUUAUUUUAUUUCAUAAUGCCAAAAUUAUGAAAGCAAUUUAAUUUGUAUUUUAUAUUGUUUUUAUACAAUAUGUAAAAAGAAAUUUAAGAUUUUACUCAAAAAAAAAAAAUUUAUGAUAAUGAUCAUAAUAGUAAUAGGAGUAAUAAUAAUAAUAAUUGUAUAGAAUCAUCAGUUAACAGUCACUGAAGUCAUUCAUGUUUCAUUUAUAUUUAAUAAUGUAUGAGCUUGCAUAGAGAAAAAAUUAUUGAUCAAUAAAACGAUAGGUCCCGGCGAAUUAUUCUGUAAAUAUUGAAAUGAAUUGAUAACUAUGGUAAACUUUUUCAUCCUUAUCUAAAUCAAAUAAUUUAAUUAUUAUAUAAAAAUUAAUGCUAUAAAUAAUCUUUUUUUAUAUGAAUCAUUAAUCAUUGUAUAAUAACGUAAUUAAAAUAAAUGACCUCAUUAAUUACA